CUGUACUCUAUAAACUUUUAUGUUGCAGAGCAUCUGUGCUAAGUCAGACAGUGAACCAUGUUGUGAUUGGGUUGGUGAAGAUGGAGCUGGGCAUUAUGUGAAAAUGGUUCACAAUGGUAUUGAAUAUGGAGACAUGCAGCUCAUCUGUGAAGCUUACCAUCUCAUGAAAACUGGUCUUGGCAUGGAUUGUGAUGAAAUGAGUGAGGUGUUCACGAAAUGGAAUCAAGGGGAACUCGAUUCAUUCCUUAUUGAAAUUACUGCCAAUAUCUUGAAAUUUAAAGAUACUGAUGUGCUGCUGCACCUGGCAAAGCUACAUCUCUUAGAAUUCUUGAUUAGCAGUUUUUUCACCAAGGCACUUUAUGCCAGCAAGAUUGUGUCAUAUGCUCAAGGUUUUAUGCUGUUGAGAGAGGCUGCAGCUAAAUUUGGCUGGAACUUAAACUAUGGUGGUAUUGCUCUUAUGUGGAGAGGAGGUUGUAUCAUCAGAAGUGUGUUCCUGGGAAAGAUCAAGGAGGCCUUUGACAAGAACUCUCAGUUAACCAACCUUUUACUGGAUGACUUCUUUAAAGAUGCUGUAGGCAAUUGUCAGUCAGGAUGGCGGGCUGUUGUGGCUCAGGGUGCUCUGCUUGGCAUCCCUACACCUGCCCUGAGUUCUGCACUUGCUUUCUAUGAUGGCUAUAGAUCUGCUGUGCUUCCUGCAAAUCUCAUUCAGGCUCAACGUGACUAUUUUGGAGCACACACUUAUGAGUUGAGUGAACCUGGCAAAUUCCAUACUAACUGGACUGGAACAGGUGGCAAUGUUUCUGCAACCACUUAUGAUGUCUAGCAAUUUGUUAAGUGUAUAUUUUCCCCAUCUUUUAAAAAUGCAUAUUUUUGUCUUCAGAUUUAUUCUUAACAAGCUAUUUAAAAGUAGCCAAUGUACUGUUUCUCAUUCACUAUGCCUUUACAGUGGCAUAGUGAAUGAGUGAAAUUAAGGCAUUUUAAAUAUUUUGUAUGUGCUAGUCUAACUACUUAGAUUGUUGAAUUUAUGAAUUCAUAAAUUUACAAAACUAAUAUAUAGGAGAGUCUUAGACCCAGACAUAGUGCUAAUGCACAAGUCCGAAUUAUACAGCGAGAAUUAUUUGAACUUUAAUGAGAUGUGCACCAUAAUCUGUUCGUGAAAAUAAUACAAGUACAGAUUUUACUGUUUUAUGCUUUAGACUGGCCUAUGAGGAUUCCUUGCACUCCUUUCUUCUCUGGGGGCAGUUUUUUCUUUACCUAAUAUGAUAGAAAGUGUAAAAUAUAAAAUCCUCAUACACCGUGAAAUUAUGUAAUGCUUUACAUUCCAUGAUCUUGCAGUCUUAGGUUAACAAAAUCUUAUUUAGCACCUAGAUAUUUAUUAUACAGUAUUAUUACACUUUUAUGUUUAUCAGGCUGUAUAACCCUUGUGGCUUGGGGCUUCUUUUUGAUUAUAAUAUGUUUGUUUAUCAGAAUUUUUUACGUAUUUACACUGUACACAUUUUAGGUCGAUUGAUUUUGUGUGUGGAUGAAGUAAGGUAUCUUGCAAAAAAAAAAAAUGCAACAGAAUUAUACAAUGUUCCUAUCAAAAAAUGUUAGACCUACGUUUUCCAGCAUAGUCUUGUAUAUUAUGCAGUCAACAAG